CGGUUAACUACUCGCACUUGCCCACCGGCCACCGCCUUCCUCGCCCCGCCCAUCCCCCCACUCCUCUCCCCGUCCAACGCCACCAGCCGCGCACCCAUGGCGAACCCCGGCGGCGGCCUGCGCCCCCGCCACCUCCUCAUCUUCGUCGCCGCCACAGUGCUCUGUGCCGUCUCCUCCCCCGCCGGCGCCUUCUACCUCCCCGGUGUGGCCCCCCGCGACAUCCCGAAGGAUGAUGAGCUUCAGGUGAAAGUCAACAAACUGUCAUCUAUAAAGACACAGCUUCCAUAUGACUACUAUUUCCUGGACUAUUGCAAACCUGAGGCGAUUAAGAACAGUGCUGAGAACUUGGGUGAAGUCCUUCGUGGGGACCGCAUCGAAAAUUCUGUCUAUAAUUUCAAGAUGAGGAGGGAUGAGAGUUGCAAGAUUGUUUGUCGAAAGAAGCUUUCUCAAGAAGCUGCGAAGAAUUUCAAAGAAAAAAUUGAUGAUGAAUACCGAGUUAACAUGAUUCUGGAUAAUCUCCCAGUUGUGGUACCUAGACAGACACGGGAAGGAAGCCAAACACCAAGCUUUGAGCAUGGUUACCGAGUUGGUUAUAAGCUCAAGGAUGACAAGUAUUAUAUCAACAACCACUUGAGUUUUAAAGUCUUGUACCAUGAAGACCAAACUUCUCCCGAUGCUCGCAUUGUUGGCUUCCAUGUGAUUCCCAGCAGCAUCAAGCAUGAAUAUGGUGCCUGGGAUGACACUAAUCCCACAGCGCAAACUUGCAAUGCUAACAUUAAGAUUACACCUGGUAGUCACACUCCUCAAGAGGUGGCCCCUGAUGCAUAUGUAGUAUUCUCUUACGAUGUUACCUUUGAGGCUAGUGAGAUCAUAUGGGCAUCUCGCUGGGAUGUCUACCUUCUUUCUAGCGAUAGCCAAAUCCAUUGGUUCUCAAUUGUUAAUUCAUUGAUGAUUGUCCUAUUCCUUUCUGGUAUGGUAGCCAUGAUCAUGAUGAGAACCCUUUACAAGGACAUAGCAAACUACAAUCAGCUUGACAAUCAGGAUGAGGCCCAGGAAGAAACUGGAUGGAAGUUAGUGCAUGGUGAUGUAUUCCGGCCUCCUGUCCAUUCAGGCCUCCUUUGUGUUUACGUUGGCACCGGCGUGCAGUUCUUUGGGAUGACACUAGUAACCAUGAUGUUUGCGCUACUUGGAUUCUUAUCACCUGCAAACCGUGGAGGACUCAUGACUGCUAUGGUCCUUUUGUGGGUGUUCAUGGGUGUACUGGCAGGAUACACCUCAUCUCGCCUGUACAAGAUGUUCAAAGGCACUGAGUGGAAGAAGAUCACCCUCAAAACUGCCUUCAUGUUUCCUGGUAUUAUCUUUGCAGUCUUCUUCUUUUUGAAUGCCCUCAUCUGGGGUGAGAAAUCAUCUGGUGCUGUUCCUUUCGGAACAAUGUUUGCUUUGUUCCUCCUCUGGUUCGGCAUCUCUGUGCCACUGGUCUUUGUUGGAAGUUUCUUGGGAUUCAAGCAGCCAGCCAUUGAGGACCCAGUGAAGACGAACAAGAUUCCCAGGCAAAUUCCCGAGCAAGCAUGGUACCUGCAGCCAGCUUUUGCUAUACUUGCUGGUGGCAUAUUGCCAUUUGGGGCUGUCUUUAUUGAGCUCUUCUUCAUCCUGACAUCCAUCUGGCUGAACCAGUUCUAUUACAUCUUUGGCUUCCUCUUCAUAGUCUUCAUCAUCCUCAUUGUGACCUGUGCUGAGAUCACGAUUGUGCUAUGCUACUUCCAACUAUGCAGCGAGGAUUACCACUGGUGGUGGAGGGCAUACCUGACUGCGGGCUCAUCAGCGCUGUAUCUGUUUGCUUAUGCUAUCUUCUACUUCUUCAACAAGUUGGAGAUCACAAAGCUUGUCUCAGGCAUCCUGUACUUUGGUUACAUGCUGAUCAUCUCUUAUGCCUUCUUCGUGCUGACUGGUACCAUUGGCUUCUAUGCCUGCUUCUGGUUCGUGAGGAAGAUCUAUGCUUCUGUGAAGAUUGACUGAUAGAACCACUCUCUAGAGAAACUUAGGAGCACCUUGUUUCCAAGGUAUUGUUGCAACAUCGUGCAUGCUGCUGCUCGGCUGACAUAUAAAGGAAACUGGGAUUUGAGAUGGGAUUCCAUGGUUUUGGUAGAAUAUGUGUAGUCUAUUAGGAGUAAGAACUGCGCUGGAAAUUAAAGUGAGAUCUUGAUACGUGAUGAUCAACAUGGAUUUUGUACCUUCAAAGAUAUUGAGUGCGUCUUGUAAUAUGCCUUAUCGUGAUUUUCUUUGCCUGUUCCACCUCACCUCGUGUGUUUGGUAUUGUGCUCUGAAUAGGUCGGCAUGCUUUCCCA